AUGAGCGGCAGCGGCGGCGGCGCGGCGCCCGGCGCGGGCUCGGCUCCCUCCGCGGCCGCCUGCCGCUUCGCGCACUAUUUCGUGCUGUGCGGGAUCGACGCGGACAGCGGGCUGGAGCCCGACGAGCUGGCGGUUUUGUACCAAUGGCUAGAAGCAGAUCGUCAUGGCAAGAGCCAAGAUGCUGCAAAUACAACUUCAGGUGAAAAUUUUGAUCAGAGUCCAUUGAGAAGAACAUUCAAAUCCAAAGUACUGGCCCACUAUCCUCAGAGCAUAGAAUGGAACCCUUUUGAUCAAGAUGCAGUGAGCAUGUUGUGCAUGCCCAAGGGGCUGUCUUUCAGAACACAGACCGACAAUAAAGACCCUCAGUUCCACUCAUUUAUAAUUACCCGGGAGGAUGGUUCUCGCACUUACGGCUUUGUUCUCACUUUUUUUGAAGAAGUUACUAGCAAGCAGAUCUGCACAGCAAUGCAGACACUGUACCAGAUGCACAAUGCCGAGCAGCUCAGCAGCGUGUGCGCUUCCUCUUCCUGCAGCAUGGACUCGCUGGCCAGCAGCAUUGACGAGGGAGACGCAGCUCCCCUCCUGAAGCUGCAGCAGUACAACUCCUAUGACAUCAACAGAGACACCUUAUAUGUUUCGAAGAGCAUCUGCUUGAUCACCCCUCUGCCGUUCAUGCAGGCCUGCAGGAAAUUCCUCGUCCAGCUUUACAAAGCAGUUACCUCACAGCAGCCACCACCCUUGCCUCUGGAAAGCUACAUCCAUAAUAUUCUCUAUGAGGUGCCCCUUCCACCUCCUGGGAGAUCACUGAAAUUUUAUGGUGUUUAUGAGCCAGUCAUCUGCCAGAGGCCUGGGCCCAAUGAGCUCCCACUCUCUGAUUACCCUCUUCGGGAGGCCUUUGAGCUCCUGGGAUUAGAGAACCUGGUGCAAGUAUUUACCUGUGUUCUUUUAGAAAUGCAAAUCCUUCUCUAUUCACAAGAUUAUCAACGCUUGAUGACUGUGGCUGAAGGCAUCACCACACUUUUGUUCCCAUUUCAGUGGCAGCAUGUUUAUGUGCCCAUCCUCCCUGCUUCUCUGCUCCAUUUUCUUGACGCUCCUGUCCCUUAUCUGAUGGGCCUUCAGUCCAAAGAAGGAACUGACCGUUCUAAACUAGAACUUCCUCAAGAGGCUAAUUUGUGUUUUGUAGAUAUCGACAACCAUUUUAUUGAGCUACCUGAAGAAUUUCCACAGUUUCCCAAUAAAGUGGAUUUUAUUCAAGAACUCUCUGAAGUUCUUCUCCAAUUUGGGAUUCCUCCUGAGGGCAGCCUACAUUGCAGUGAGAGUGCCACCAAACUGAAAAAUCUGGUUCUUAAAGAUUUGGUAAAUGACAAAAAGAACGGCAAUGUCUCCACUAAUGACGUGAGCAUGUAUGAGUUGCUGAAGGGCAGUGAAACCAUAGCCCGCCUUCAGGCUCUUGCCAAGAGGACUGGAGUCACUGUGGAAAAAGUGGACUUCUCAGCUUCUCUGGGUGAGAAAGAAAAGGACUUAAAAUUGCACUGUGAAGAGGCAGAACUGAGGGACUACCAGCUCAAUGUGCAGCUGCGAGAAGUCUUUGCUAAUCGCUUCACACAGAUGUUUGCCGAUUAUGAAGCAUUUGUGAUUCAAGCUGCCCAGGACAUGGAGUCUUGGCUGACCAACCGGGAACAAAUGCAGAAUUUCGACAAAGCUUCUUUUCUGUCUGACCAGCCUGAGCCUUACCUGCCAUUUCUUUCACGCUUCAUUGAAACACAGAUGUUUGCCACCUUUAUUGAUAAUAAGAUCAUGUCUCAGUGGGAAGAGAAAGAUCCUCUGCUCCGGGUUUUUGAUUCUCGGAUUGAGAAGACAAGACUGUAUAAUGUAAGGGCACCCACCUUGCGGACAUCUGUAUAUCAGAAAUGCAGCACUUUAAAAGAAGCAGCGCAGUCAAUUGAGCAAAGACUGAUGAAAAUGGAUCAUACUGCAAUCCACCCACAUUUACUUGAUAUGAAAAUUGGUCAAGGCAAAUAUGAGCAAGGAUUCUUUCCAAAAUUACAAUCUGAUGUCUUGGCAACAGGACCAGCAAAUAACAACCGCUGGGUGAGUCGAAGUGCCACAGCCCAGCGCAGGAAAGAGCGCCUUCGCCAGCAUUCAGAACACGUUGCACUGGACAACGACUUGAGGGAGAAAUACAUGCAAGAGGCACGAAGCUUAGGAAAAAACCUGAGGCAACCCAAACUGUCAGACCUCUCUCCUGCAGUGAUUGCACAGACCAACUGGAAAUUUGUAGAAGGUUUAUUAAAAGAAUGCAGAAUGAAGACAAAACGCAUGCUGGUAGAAAAGAUGGGACAUGAAGCAGUGGAACUGGGCCAUGGAGAAGCAAACAUCACUGGCUUGGAGGAGAACACCCUGAUUGCCAGCCUCUGUGACCUGCUGGAGAGGAUAUGGAGCCAUGGCCUGCAAGUCAAGCAGGGGAAGUCUGCUUUGUGGUCACAUUUAAUUCAAUUUCAAGAUAGAGAAGAGAAACAAGAACAUCUUUCAGAGUCACCAGUUGCCAUUGGACCAGAAAGAAGAAAAUCUGACUCAGGAGUUAUGCUUCCAACACUCAGGGUCUCUCUCAUCCAAGACAUGAGGCAUAUUCAGAACAUGAGUGAGAUCAAGACUGAUGUCGGGAGAGCUCGGGCAUGGAUAAGAUUGUCUCUGGAAAAGAAGCUUUUGUCCCAGCACCUCAAGCAGCUGCUCUCUAACCAACUACUUACCAAGAAGCUUUAUAAGCGCUAUGCGUUUCUGCGUUGUGAAGAGGAAAGAGAACAGUUUCUUUAUCAUCUGCUUUCCCUCAAUGCCGUGGACUAUUUCUGCUUCACCAGUGUAUUCACCACUAUCAUGAUUCCAUACAGGUCAGUGAUCAUUCCAAUUAAAAAGCUGAGCAAUGCUAUCAUCACAUCGAACCCUUGGAUCUGUGUUUCAGGAGAGCUGGGAGACUCGGGAGUAAUGCAGAUUCCCAAAAAUCUCCUGGAGAUGACUUUUGAGUGUCAGAAUCUGGGGAAGCUCACUACUGUUCAGAUUGGCCAUGAUAAUUCCGGGUUGUUGGCUAAAUGGCUAGUGGAUUGUGUCAUGGUCAGAAAUGAAAUCACAGGACAUACUUACAGAUUUCCAUGUGGACGGUGGCUGGGGAAAGGCAUUGAUGAUGGCAGCCUGGAGAGAAUUCUUAUUGGAGAGUUAAUGACAUCAGCAUCAGAUGAGGACUUGGUAAAGCAAUGUCGGACUCCUCCUCAGCAAAAAUCUCCCACCACAGCCAGGAGACUGAGCAUCACAUCACUCACUGGGAAGACUGCCAAACCCAAUGCUGGACAGAUCCAAGAAGGAAUUGGAGAAGCCGUGAACAAUAUUGUGAAGCAUUUUCACAAACCUGAAAAAGAGAGAGGAAGCCUCACAGUGCUGCUAUGUGGAGAAAAUGGCCUGGUUGCUGCACUUGAACAAGUGUUCCACCAUGGAUUCAAAUCUGCCCGCAUCUUUCACAAGAAUGUCUUCAUCUGGGAUUUCGUAGAGAAAGUGGUGGCUUAUUUUGAAACUACUGACCAGAGUCUAGACAAUGAAGAUGAUGUCCUUAUUCAGAAAUCAUCCUACAAGACCUUCUGCCAUUAUGUGAAUGCUAUUAACACUGCACCCAGGAACAUUGGAAAGGAUGGCAAGUUCCAGAUUCUAGUUUGCCUUGGAACACGGGAUCACCUGCUCCCACAGUGGAUUCCGUUGUUAGCGGAGUGUCCGGCCAUCACCCGCAUGUAUGAGGAGAGCGCGCUCCUGCGCGACCGCAUGACUGUCAAUUCCCUCAUCCGAAUUCUGCAGACCAUUCAGGACUUCACCAUAGUUCUAGAAGGAUCACUCAUCAAAGGAGUAGAUGUCUAAAGCAGCUGGUAGAAACUCUUGGUCCCAUCCCUGGUUCCUGAACCUUCCGCAGCUACGGAGGCGCCUGAGCUUGUCUGGCAGCCGUGAGCAGGCUGGGAGAGCGCACUGGAGCAGCCUCUCCUCCGCACCCGAGGCAGGGCGCCCCAUCAGAGUUCAUUUGAACCUGGAAUUUAGUACGAAAUAGAGUAUUUUCAUGUGUUAGAUGUGUGUAAAUAUGCUAUCUUCUUUAAGAAAUUAUAUUACUCUACUAAGAUACUUUUCUUAGAUUGUAUAAAAUAAGUAGUUUAAAAUGCUGGGAGUAGAGGGGAGGAUGGUGCUAGUCAGGAAGAAGCCAGUAAGUGAAGCCCAGGCUGGCUUUGUUCCUCCUGCCGAGUCUCAAAGAACCCAGAAGGCGCUGUUCUGUAGCAGCCUCCAUGAGGAGUACCAUCUUUUUGUGUGGUGAAUGUAUGCAGAUUUACCUACUGUACCAUAAUCCUCAUUUUCAAGUCUCGUUUAAGUUAUAAACUGUUUUAUACAUUUGAAUUAAGUCAUUUUUCCAAUCUUUGGGAAAGAAAUUUUCAGUCAGCACAAGGUGAACUUACAAUUAAAGUAUUUUAAAAUACCAGA